CCCCAGUCCCAAACCCCAGGGCUCUGUCUGCCGUGCCGUGCCGGGACACCAAACCCUUGCUCGCCUCUCCCCUCCACCGCUCCGCUGCCGCUGCCCCCAUACAAAUCCCGCCCGAGGUCGGUGGUUGUGGUGGCAGCGAGCGAGCUCCCCCGCCGUCAACAGCCGCGCCCCGAUGUCGAGCAACUCCGCCGCCCCCCGCCGCUUCUCGUCGGCGAUGUCGACCUCGACGGCGAAGCGCCCUGCCGUGCCGGAGGGCGCCAGGGCGGCCGCGGGCCCCGCGGCCGCGCAGCAGCAGGCGAAGAAGCGCGUGGCGCUCGGCAACCUCACCACCAACGUCGCCGCGGCGGCCGGGGGCAGGGCCGGCUGCGGGAAGAUCGCGGUCGUCACGGCGGGCAAUGCAAGGUUGAAUUCAGCUACCUCAGCUGCACCUGUGAAGAAGGGAGCUUUGCCAAGUGCUCGGAAUGCAAGCACAAAUCGUGGCUCGGCUGUGAAAUCGGCUUUCACCAAGCCAGCUCCUGUCACAUCUCGCCAUGAGAGCUCCGUACAGAAGGAGAGUGUUCCUCCUCGUAAGGUGCCUACUGUGGUGCCGAUUGCCGUGCCUGCCGUUAUACCCUUCAGCAGCUUCGUGUCUCCUGGACAUUCAGGAGAUUCCAUUUCCACUGACGAGACUAUGUCGAGUUGCGACUCUAUGAAGAGCCCCGACUUCGAGUACAUUGAUAAUGGUGACUCCUCAUUGCUCGAUUCUCUACAGCGACGGGCGAAUGAAAACCUGCGCAUUUCAGAUGAUAGGACUGUGGAAGGAGCUAAGUGGAAGAAGGAUGCUGCUGCCCCAAUGGAAAUUGACAACGUUUGUGACGUCGAUGAUAACUAUGAGGAUCCACAGCUGUGUGCUACUCUUGCUUCUGAUAUCUAUAUGCACCUGCGAGAGGCUGAGACGAGGAAAAGACCAUCAACUGAUUUUCUGGAAACAAUUCAGAAGGAUGUGAACCCAAGCAUGAGGGCUAUCCUGAUUGACUGGCUUGUGGAAGUUGCUGAAGAAUAUCGUCUUGUUCCUGAUACCUUAUACCUGACAGUCAACUAUAUUGACCGUUACCUUUCCGGCAAUGAGAUCAAUCGCCAAAGGCUGCAAUUACUCGGUGUCGCUUGCAUGCUUAUAGCUGCUAAAUAUGAGGAGAUUUGUGCACCCCAGGUAGAAGAAUUCUGCUACAUCACUGACAAUACAUACUUCAAGGAUGAGGUUUUGGAUAUGGAAGCUUCCGUCCUCAAUUACCUGAAGUUUGAGAUGACCGCACCUACAGCAAAGUGCUUUUUAAGGAGAUUUGUCCGGGCUGCACAAGUCUGUGAUGAGGAUCCACCUUUGCAUCUUGAGUUCCUAGCCAAUUAUGUUGCUGAGCUAUCACUGCUUGAGUACAGUCUACUUGCUUACCCUCCUUCACUUGUUGCGGCCUCUGCAAUUUUCUUGUCGAAGUUCAUACUGCAGCCAGCAAAACACCCCUGGAACUCCACCCUUGCCCACUACACACAGUACAAGCCGUCGGAGCUAUGCGAUUGUGUGAAGGCGCUGCACCGCCUUUUCAGCGUUGGUCCUGGGAGUAAUCUUCCUGCAAUCAGAGAAAAGUACAGCCAACAUAAGUACAAAUUUGUCGGGAAGAAGCAAUGCCCAAGUUCAGUCCCCGCAGAAUUCUUCCGGGACGCGGCAUGCUAGCGGGUGAAAAUGCCCAGGAGUAGUUGCAGUUGCUUACUGAAUUCUUCAUCUUGUGGCGGGCUCAAAUUGGAGCUGCGCCGCUGAUCCUCGCAGACAGUAUAGCUCCAUCCCAAGACAUGCCGGUGCCUCGGGCUUGUUUCGGGUGAUCGGCAGUGUAGAUUCUAGAUUGAUGCUGAUGUCGUUGUGGUAGUGGUAUUGUAGUGGUGUGCUUUUUGCUUCCUUGACUUGUCCUUCCUCUGCUCUCUGCUGUUUUCUUUCUUUCUUUCUGUACCUAUAGUCUAGAGCCCAGGUUUUUCAGGUGCAUGUACAUUGGAGAGCGCUACAGCAGAAGCAUAAACAUCUUGUUUGUAAUGGCAUAAUACUGGAGUCACUUGGCUGCCAUGAUGUUUGGGAGGGCACCUCCCUCCCAUGUAUGAGAGAAUGUGGUGGCAUUGUUUAGUCUGAUAUCUUAAUAAGAGCACCACAUUUUGACUGUGCUAAUUCUG